AUGCAUAUGACGGAAGGCCCUAUGCAAGAUGAUGCUCCUAGGGUUGUCGAGCAGUUAUAUGAUGUGAGCUUGGUGCGAGGGCUUGAAGAUCCGCCUACCUCUGUCCUAGGUAGCGGAGAUCAUGGAAUCAUGGACGAGCUAAUGCUCAGUAUUUAUGAGGGUCAGGGAUUGUCUCCUAUACAGCCGAAUCCUGCUCUGGGUCCCCCCUCCCUCGAUAACCACCCAUCAUUGUCUUCUCAGCUAUGUGGUUUGACCGGUGAUAUGGAUCCCUAUGUUCUACGACACUAUCGUUUCGAUGCAAGGGCAGAGUUUCCAUUUUCCAAGCUUGCUAUACGUUCAGUGCAGGAUGCAGAGAUGCCAGUGCAAUUUUUGUUGUCGAAGCCCGAGUUGAGCAACGAGUCGAAGGCCGCAAGUAGCCUGGAAGCACUAUUUGCUGAGGAAGCGUUGCCCGAAUUAUCGCAAAUCGUUGCUCCAGAGAUUGGGGAACGACUGAUCAAAUUGUUUUCGCGUUUCAUCAACCGGCAAUUUCCUAUCUUGUCUGAGGAUAGCCUGCCAGCGCCACGAGCCGCGUCGGCACAUCUCCUAGCGGCGAUAUACUUGAUCACUCAGCCCUUUACGACGUUCGAUGACUACUUAUGUAUCGAGUUCGUUUACAGUCCUCCGUCGCCGCAAGUCUUAUUCAAAAUUGCCUGGAGCGAACUCAAUAAUGCCAUAUCCCAACCUACAGUUCAGUCUUUGCAAGCAGCACUCAUCCUCCUAUUGCACCCACCUCUGAAUCCUUUGUUGCUUGACAGCGCAGAGAAGUGGACGCUUCUCGGUAUGACUGUGUCAAUGGCACAAACACUUGGUCUACAUCUAGACCCUACCAUGUGGAACCUACCAUCAAAUGAGGUCCGUACCCGUCGUCGUCUAUCGUGGGCGGUAUUCGCCCUAGACAAAUGGCUUGCCUUUAGCUUUGGCAGACCAAGCCACAUCUCAAAGGAUAAUUGGCUCAUUACUGAAUUGGAUUCGAGCGAUGUUGAACCUGGGGACACUACCAGUGGUACUACUUAUUCAUAUGCAAUCGAAUUCUCCAGGCUCACCACAAUACUGGACAAAGUUCUGACAAGUCUUUAUUCCUUACGUUCAUUGUCCACCCUCUGCAAAGACUUUAGUUUGACAAUCUCUAGCGCUCGUCCUCUUAUGCAAGACCUCACAACAUGGUAUACUGACCUACCUUUAUCCCUAGCCAUGGAACCGACGCCCGGGUGUAAACAAGCAUCAAAUGACUCAGCGUCUCUCCACAUCGCCUAUCAAUCUGUAAAGAUUCUAAUCCUCCGUGCACUGCUCCGCCCCUUUCACAAUGUGGAUCACCUUUCCUCCGAGCUAGAGCGAAAUGAAGAGUGGCAUGCCGCACGAUCGCAGAUUCGCCAGACGGCGUCGGCUGAGUCAGAUGCAGCGCUGAGCCUUAUAUCGAGCCUACAGCCGGCACACUACCAGGCAUUCUGGGCACCUUGUAUGUGUGACAUGAAAUGUCUUCAUAAGGCCUGUAUACUGACCAGAACAGGGUUGAAAACAUCCUUUGCUUGUAUCAUGAAUCUUCUGUUCCUUCUGACGGUUACCGCUCACCAACUAUGUGGUUCUGAAGGCACAUAUCCUAGGGAAGAAUACAGGCGGCACAGGCAGACUCUUGAUCGGGCGAGAAUGGUAUUUCGUUUGCACGCAAAAAGUCUAGAUAUCAUUCGAUUUGCCCUUUUACGCAUCGACGCGGUAUUUUGGAUCGGGGAGGAUGCACAGGUUCACGAAAAGUCCAACUGCCAGAAAUGCUUCAUCUCUGCAGCAAAUCUCAACACAAUGUUGGAAUUUCUUCGAUGGUACGCGGAUAUCUCGCUUUGUCAGCUCUUUUGCAUAACCACCGCACGCCGGAUUCACCACCAGCACCGGAUGAUGCUGACGGGCUUAACAAUCGAUAAGAUAUGUAGUCAAGUAGAGGCAGCUAUUGGUGACCUCCUUACAGCUCUUCAGAUCAUAUCCGAAGAUGCCGGAAUAUCCGUUGCGGAUCUCAUCGAUGACGUCGUCUUUCCCGAUAUGGACAUUGACUUGCUACUCUCCCUCGUCAUCGUCAGCAGAUUUCGUGAAGAGUUGGGCCUGGAUAACGACUCAAGCUCGAGUUCAAUUGCGGCAGAAACGUCAAGUAGGAGCCCAAGCCCGGUCGAACGAGUUUCGCUUUUUGAGGACAGAGUAGAUGGUACUCCCAUCUCAUCGCAGGACAGUGACACCAUGGAACAGAUUCAAACUGUCCGCCAGGCUACCUCAGUUGUCCUCCAGGGCUCUCCGAAAACCUGUAGCAGAACUUUAUUCCUCCUCCCAGAUGGGUCAGGCUCUGCCACAUCCUACGCUUCGCUUCCUCGAAUCGAUAAAGACACUUGUGUUAUUGCGCUCAACUCUCCAUACAUCAAGGACCCCUCGAAGCUCUCUCACUGCUCGCUUGGCGAUCUCAUCGAGGGAUACCUGAAUGAACUGCGUCGACGCCGACCAACCGGCCCCUACCACCUCGGUGGAUGGUCGGCGGGAGGGAUUCUCGCCUAUCGACUUGCGCAGAUACUCAGUGGCGAAGGAGAAGAGGUUCGCAGUCUUAUCCUCAUUGACUCGCCUCCACCCCGGGGCCUGGAUCGACUGCCACAGCACUUCUACGAAAUGUGCGAUUCGCUCAACAUCUUCGGCCAAUUGGGUAAGAAACCUAAUGUGGAGGAGAGCAAGAGGCGUGCCACAAAGAAGCCUGACUGGUUGAUUCCGCACUUUAAUGGGGUCAUCGAUAUCCUGCACAAUUACUGGGCCGAGCCCCUCGUGGACUCUCAAUGCCUCAAAGUCUCCCUCAUCUGGGCCUGUACUAGUAUUAUGGAUGAUGCAAAUUUGCCACCCUUGAUGCCUCACAAGGACGAUACGGAGGGAAUAAAAUUCUUGACGGAGAAAAGAAGGGACUUUUCUGGCAAUGGCUGGGAAGAUCUCUUCCCAGGGAGUCAGCUUGUCAUUGAGAAGGCCCACGGCGCGAAUCACUUCUCUAUGAUGCAAGGGCCAUUCGUUAUUGAAUUGGCGCAGUUCAUACGCAAGGCGAUGUUCUAG